UUUUCUUUCCUCCCUCGCCCAUGUUUCUUUUCCAGCUGAUGACUGCCAGCAGAUGUUCCUGCAUCCUGUGAAUGUACGCUGUCUGUUGCGUGAAUACGGCAGCUUGGAGGCCAGUCCGGACUCCAUCACUGCCACAGUGGUGGAGAUAGUGGGACACCAAGUCACUGAGGAUAUCCGCCGUCGGCAUCGCUACCUGGCACAUCUGCCGCUCACGUGCGAGUUCAGUAUCUGUGAGUUAGCCCUGGAGCCGCCAACUGUGUCCAAAGAGACUCUAGAUACAUUUGCAGAUGACUUGGAGAAGAGAAAGCGCCUGAGGCAGAAGAAAGUGAGGGAUGAGAAGCGCAGAGAGAAGCGAAUUGAAAUCGAGGAAAACAAGAAGCAGGGUAAAUAUCCUGAGGUGCAUAUCGGAUUGGAGAACCUUCAACAUUUCCCAGCAUUCGGGUCUCCUCCUCACAACAGCAGCUUCCUAAUGCAGUCUGACUUCUCAUUUGCCCCCCCGUCACCCCUCAGCACCAGUCCUUCCUCUGAUGGGAUGAGAUUCCCAAGUCUGAAUGGACAAAGCUCUUCACCCGUUGUGGGUAGCUUGGAGGAUGACUCCAACUGUAUGUCCUUUGCACAGAUGCUCAGAGAUGGGAAAGCCAGAGGUGAUGCUGGGCCCUGGAACGCUCCAAAGAAAGAGCUGCUCGGCCCCCCGGCAGCAGACAGCGACGGAGAGAGCGACGGGUCCGACCGCGUGCCGGUGCCCAGCUUCCAGAACUCCUUCAGCCAGGCCUUCGAGAAGGCUCUCCUGCAGCUGGACUCUCCUCCACAACAUGUGGUCGUCCCAGAUGAGAAAGGAGGAAAGAAGAAGAAGAAAAAGCAGAAACUUCUAUUCAGCACAUCCAUGGUUCACACAAAGUAGACGACACUGAAGUUUAUUCAACCAUAUUUGUCUUGAGUUGAUUUUCCUUAUGCUUGUUUUAAUUUCAUACAGAUCUUUCUUGGAGCUACAAGCUAUUGAAGCUUUCAGUACGUAGCUAAAGUUCAUGCUGCUUUUAAUUAUUCUCUCGUUGUCAUCAGUUUAAUUUAUAUACAUUUUCCGGAAGGUCAAAGCUUUUCAGCGUCCUCCUUUCACAAAGCAAACUUUUGGGUUACCUUUAGGUUCAGAUGCUAAGUAAAGGGAGACAUCAAACAAGCUAUACAUGGCUUCAGGGUGACUUGCAUCACAGUCGUUUCUGUAUGAUGUCAAACGUUCAAGAAGUAGACCCUGAGCACCUGGGUUCCAUGAGUUACAUUGAUGAGAUAAAUCUGGGUGCUUGAUAUUGCAGUAGCAGUCAGCCAGCUGCAGGUACGGUGCACCUUUUUAAAAAUCUUUCCAAGAUACUCAGUGCUCAGACAUUCAUUUGGAAUUUCCUCUUAGAUUAAAUGGAAACAUACCUAUCAGUGUUGGCUAGUAUUCAUCACCAUGGUAUUUUCUAACAACAACAUGAAUACAUGAAAUACCAUUGUGAGGAAAUUAAAAACACAGUAUUGUAUUGAAGAGAUUAGAUCUGUUGGUUCAACAAAACUCCAGUAUAUGCUAUACUUUCUUCCGUUUUUAGUUUUCUCCUGUCAUCUUAAAGGUUUACUCAUUUUUUACUUUUAUUUCCCUAGCUUGAUUUCAGUGUUGAAAAGGUUUGAAGCUAAUGAAUUGCUGACAUCCAACGAAUGCUUUGAAUAAAAGUGGAUUGAAUAUGUUUUGGUUUGAGGGUUCUGUAAUGAGCUUUUUAAGUUUGAGAAAGUUUAAAGGCUAGUGGACAUAAGUAGUCUGAUGAAAUGAAUAAACCAUUAUGCACAAUAAA